CUGGACCAUCUUAAACCUUGCAAAAGAAGGAUGCAGAUUUCACGAUAGCAAUGAAAGAGAGUACGCCCGAUGGUGCCGAGACUGUCGCAUCCCAGGACCAACUCCCUACGCCAGCCUUGUCGCCCAUCACCGAACAUGGCACAAGUCCACCUACCAUCGACGUGGAUGGUUGCGCCGAACUGACGAGCCCGCGUCUCGACAGUCUUACAGAGGAAGGGACCAGUCCCGCAGGUACACCCACGAUAGGAUCGCACCUUCUUGCAACAAAGAGCAGCAAUGGAAAACUGGUGCAGCCAUCUCCCACGCUCAAGCUGUCACCCGCCCAGAUGCAGGACUUGAUUUCGUCGCCCGACUCGCUGCCUCUUCGUGCUGUCUCUAUCUCGACAGACGACAUUCCUUCUUUGUCCGCCGACGACGGCAGCCCAAGGACGAAUGGCCUAGGUAUCUCGGCUCCCGACUCAGUCUCGACCCAAGAAGCCACAACCCUGCCUUCACACAACACCAGCCGUCCCCCUCCGACCGCCUCGAGACCUGCUGUCAGUGGCCGUUCAAACUCGACUCCAGUCAUCAAGCGCAAGGCCUCUUCCGCACAAAUCCCGAGGAACCCUAACGACAACAGAGAUGCUUCGAAACCAAGACGUCCUACCUUGAAUCUCAAAGGCUCUGAAUACCAAGAUGGUCCUGAAGCGCUCAAGCCGUCGCCUAUACCUGACUCUUUCCCGUCACCGAUACCUGCUGCCAUACCCGUGCCUCCACUGUCCUUACCCACCUAUCUCCAACUCGAACUUUCCUCUGAGCGUCCCUCGGCCCUCUACAUACACCGUUCUGCGAGCAGCGACUUCCCAUACGAGUCUUCAAAAGUCAAAUUUGAGCGUCUAUACAACUUCUUGACACUGCCGCCUCAGUUGGAGCAAACCCUUGUCUUCGGUGCUCUGGCCUGUUUGGACGCCUGGCUAUACACUUUCACCAUCCUACCCCUGAGGUUCCUGAAAGCCGUGGCUGUCUUGUUGAAGUGGUGGUUUCAGAGCCUUGUCAAGGAGUUUAAAGAUAUUGGCUCAUUCAUAUAUACCGGUUUGGGACGUGUCUGGCAUCGUAGAAAGCAGCCACCUUCCGCCAAUCCCUCACGCCGAAGCUCCCUCAGCUCGCCAAUGAUUGGCCCUACUCCUGCAGUCUCUUCACCUCUCGUCGAUGGCCAGAAUGAUACGAGUUCAACACGCUUUCAACAGCUUCCGUCCAAACUCAAGAUACCCAAUCCACUGUACCGUCACAGACGUUCCAAAUCUACACCUUCGGCUCUGCUUCCAAAUCACAAAGCUGACAUCCUACAUGGCUUGUUGAUCAUAAUUAGCUGCAUGAUUCUUGUGCAAUUUGAUGCUAGUCGUAUGUAUCACAAGAUCCGUGGACAGGCUGCCAUCAAGCUUUAUGUCAUCUACAACGUCCUUGAGGUUUUCGAUCGUCUCUUGUCGGCCAUAGGCCAGGACAUCAUCGAAUGUCUAUUUUCCAAGGAGACACUCGAGCGCAAACCCAAUGGUCGUAGCAAGAUCCUUCUUCCUCUGGGCAUGUUCAUACUUGCACUGGUCUACAACGUUGCCCACGCCGCUAUGCUCUUCUACCAAGUCAUCGCGCUCAACGUCGCUGUCAAUUCUUACUCAAACGCCCUACUUACGCUCCUCAUGUCCAACCAGUUUGUUGAGAUCAAAGGAACUGUCUUCAAGAAGUUUGAGAAGGAGAACUUGUUCCAGCUGACUUGCGCAGACGUCGUUGAGAGAUUCCAGCUUUGGUUGAUGCUCCUCAUCAUCGCUCUGCGUAAUAUUGUCGAAGUUGGAGGACUGAAUAUGGGCUCUGGAUCAACAACCAACUUCAGCCCAAACUCGACAGCAUCGCCUGUGCAAAGUACGAGUAUCCUGCCGCAAGCCUUCAACAUGUUUCCAACAGGGUUUGGCCAGAUCUUUGGCCCCUUUGUCACUGUGAUUGGCAGCGAGAUGAUCGUUGACUGGGUCAAGCAUGCCUAUAUUUCCAAGUUCAACAACAUCAAGCCGAGUCUAUACGGUCGCUUCCUAGAUGUUCUGACCAAAGACUACUACUCACACGCCUUUGCUGAUCAGAACUUGACCAAGCGACUUGGUCUUCCAGUCUUGCCUCUUUCGUGCCUGUUCAUCCGCGCUUCAGUUCAGACUUACCACAUGCUUAUUGCCACACAUAUGCCAUUGCCUAUGCCUUCGACUGCCACGGCAAUUGCUUUGGAGUCGGCUUCUGGAGAGACGUCACCAUCGACCACGGCUGCACUUGCGCACAUUGACCAGAUCUUCAGACGCGCGUUGGGCAGAUCGUCUUUCGGAGCGGGCGCCGAUGCCAUCACCGGUGCUAACUCGUGGCGUUUUUGGACGCUCGACGACGCCAUUGCCUUAGGCACUAUGCUCGUGUUUUUCCUGAUCAUAUACCUGAUUUUGCUUGCUCUGAAGCUCUUACUCGGCAUGCUUCUACUUAGCUUUGCCCGCACACGCUACCGCAAGAUGAAGGCGCAGGAGCACAAGAAGCAGAGUUUCGACACUCAAGGCCGCAGAGUUGGCGGCUGGGGAGCCGUAGAAGUGGAUGAAGAUAAGCGUAGGUGGAUUUACGAAGACGACCCGGACGGCUUGAGAAACUUGAGGGAGAGAGAUGCCAAAGGCAAAGAAAAGGCCAAAGGAGAAUUGAAGCUCGACGGCGUAGAUAGAUACAUGAUGGCGGCGAAGAGGAUAUGGUAAAAGUAACCACUCAGAAUCACGAGAAGAAUCAAUUGAAUCCUUCAACCUCAAUUCAAUACUAGCAACGAAGCCAAAAGAGCAGGUAGAGAUUGGGAUGGAAGACCUUGAGCAGCAGAUGGAAGACGAAGAUGUGGCGGCCGCAGAGACUCAUCUUCGGAAAGAAGGUAAUGGUUGUUGGAAUGUAACAAAAAGAGGUGAGGUGAGGGUCUGCUGGGGUUGGAGGAUGAUAGGCCAUCGAUUAUGCCAUCCAAGAAGAACUCGUCCAGUCGAGGGAAGCUCGUCAAGAAGCAGCUCAUUGGAAUUAUUUAGAGACCGUGAUGCAAACCUGGGACAGGGAAAUCAAUCCAUAGCAUCAUCAGCAUAGUCGGUACGAAGGCAGGCACACCAGUAUACUUUGAGAUUAACACC